CCCGGGCCAGGAUGCGGCGGAGCCCCCGCCAAGGCUCGACCGCGUCCCCGCACAAGCACACGCCCAACUUCUACAGCGACAACAGCUCACAGAGCGUGACUUCGAGGGACAGCAGCGGGCACCGGUCGGCUGGUCUGGGGCCCGGGAAGUUCGAGGGCAGAAGGACCAAGGGCUCGAGCUGCGGAGAGCCGGCCUUGACCCCAGGAAUGCCUGCAGGAGUCCCCAAAGCCGGAAGCCUCCGGCCGAAGCCGACGUCUCGGAGCCACAACGGGCAGACCCCCCGUGGCGCGGCAACCGUGAGGGGCGGGGCCUCGGAGCUUGCGGAGCCUCCUGUAGUCUCUGAGGAACAGCAGCAGCUCGACCUUCUCUCCACUCUGGAUCUGAGACAGGAGAUUCCUCCCCCGCGGGUGUCCAAGAGUUUCCUGAGCCUCCUCUUCCAGGUGCUGAGCGUGUUGUUAUCCCUGGUAGGAGACGCGCUGGUCAGUGUGUACAGGGAGGUCUGCUCCAUCCGCUUCCUGUUCACGGCGGUGUCGCUGCUGGGCAUCUUUCUGGCAGCACUCUGGUGGGGACUCCUGUAUCUGGUCCCUCCUUUGGAGAAUGAACCUAAGGAGAUGCUGACGCUAAGCGAGUACCAUGAGCGCGUGCGCUCCCAGGGUCAACAGCUGCAGCAGCUCCAGGCGGAGCUGCACAAGCUGCACAAGGAGAUGUCCAGCGUUCGCGCAGCCCACAGCGAGAGAGUGGCCAAGCUGGUGUUCCAGAGGCUAAAUGAGGACUUCGUGCGGAAACCUGACUAUGCGCUGAGCUCAGUGGGAGCCUCCAUAGACUUAGAGAAGACAUCCGACGACUACGAGGACACGAACACUGCCUACUUCUGGAAUCGCUUCAGUUUCUGGAACUAUGCGCGGCCACCCUCAGUCAUCCUGGAGCCAGAUGUGUUCCCUGGAAAUUGCUGGGCUUUUGAGGGUGACCAGGGCCAGGUAGUGAUCCGGCUGCCAGGACAUGUGCAGCUGAGCGACAUCACCUUGCAGCAUCCGCCAAUCAGUGUGGCACACACUGGGGGAGCCAACAGCGCUCCCCGUGACUUCUCAGUCUUUGGCCUCCAGGUUGAUGACGAAACUGAAGUUUUCUUGGGGAAAUUCACCUUUGAUGUGCAGAAAUCUGAGAUUCAGACUUUCCAUCUACAGAAUGACCCUCCAUCUGCCUUCCCUAAGGUGAAGAUCCAGAUUCUAAGCAACUGGGGCCACCCACGUUUCACAUGCUUGUAUCGAGUCCGUGCCCAUGGUGUGCGGACCUCAGAGGGAAUGGGGGAAAGUGUCUCAGGGGCCACUGGGGGGCUCCAUUAAACAUACUGAUGAUUGGAAUAGA